AGGGUGUGGGAGUGUACACACAUACAUACUUACAUACAUACCUUAGACUGAGUGGAGAAUAGCUGGGCUGGUUUCAGAGUGAUCCUCUCGCCUGCUGAUUAUACUUAGUCUAGUGGGAGCUCCCGCCGUGAACCGGGGCUUGGGACCUCAAUAAGCCGGGAGAAAUUGUUCGACUUCUACCAGCAAAUCCGUGCAUCUUCAGACUACGGUUUAAACGUGCAGUAUGAGCAACUGAUCCAGGAGCUUAUCAAAGACGGUAAGGUCCAGGACAUGGAGACGGGGAAACUGGAACAGACACUCAGGAGGACUGAGGCAAUGGCUGACGCGCGAUUGGCUGAAAUGGAAGAAGACGUGCAACAACAGGCAAUGAAACUUGAGCAGAAAAUCCGACGGGAGGAGCAGGCGAAACUCGAGGCAAAAGUGGCAGAAAUACAAAAACGACAUGAAAGUGAAGUAAUGGAUCUACAGGCAGUCAUUGACCGAAUGAAAAAGCUUAAUGAAGAGCUGUGGAAUUCCAAUUCCAAAGGGGACAUCUCUGCACUGAGAGAGCAGUUGGAUGAAUUAACCCGGGAGAAUGAGUAUUUGAGAAGUUCCCUACUUCAGAGCCAGACGGAGAUUUCCAUCCUUGAAGCUGGACUGGACAAAUGUAAAAAUGAGCUUGCUGAUCGUCUGCUUGAUCAGGAACGGACAAAGGAAACAAUCCAGAAACUAACUGAAGAGAAUGAAAUUUCCACAAAUCAGAUACAGAUGCUUCAAGAGGCCAACAAAGCUCUUUACGAUAGUAAUAAUGGAUUAAGAACUGCUUUGGAAAGGAAUCACAGCUCCAAUAAAAAUAAGUACUCUGUAAAUGGAUCUGUUCUGGAGAGAGGAAUGAAAUCAGAAAUACAAAAUGGAGUAGCUGACACUGGCUACAACAGUGUUUUGAACGGCAAUGAAGAAUCCAUGAUCUUAAAUAGUGAUGACUCCAGACAGAGGAUUUCUGAAGUGGCAAACUGGGCAGACCGAUACCUGGACAGCGGUGUCUCCACGUCUCAGGACAUGGUGGAUUAUUCCUCGGAUGAUUACAACAGUGAUGGAAGCAAUGAUUCUCAUGAAACGAUGCACUACAGUUACUCAUACGUGGCAUCAGAUGCUGAGAUGCCAGAGUUUAAAUCUGAGGUGGAUGGAUUGCCUGGAAUCCGGAAACCAUCACGGCCCGUCAGCCGUUCCAGCUCGAUAGCCUCUUCCAGGAGACGUCUGCCAGCAUUCACCUCCAAGAACACGGGUAAUGCAGUAGAGAACGCCAAACCAGAUGGCCCACUGUACAGACUUGUCCUUGCUGGGGAUGCUGGUUCAGGAAAAUCCAGUUUUUUAUUGCGUCUGUGUAUGAAUGAGUUCAAAGGGCAUAUUCCUACUACGUUAGGAGUUGAUUUUCAAAUGAAGAAGUUAUUGGUCGAUGGUGAAAGUGCCACAUUACAGAUUUGGGACACUGCUGGGCAGGAGAGGUUUCGCAGUAUUGCCAAAUCCUAUUUCCGAAAAGCACAUGGUGUGUUAUUAUUGUACGAUGUGACUUCAGAGAAUAGUUUUCUGAAUGUCCGAGAGUGGAUUGACGAAAUUAAGAGUUCUACUGACUUCCCAACGCCAAUUAUCUUAAUUGGAAAUAAAAUAGAUUUGAGAAAUGAAAUGUCUCCUACACAGCGUGGCACUGUGCUGACUGCCCAUGGAGAGAAACUAGCAAUGACUUACAAUGCAUUGUUUUGUGAAACAAGUGCUAAAGAUGGGACCAAUGUGGUGGAGGCUGUUCUGCAUUUGGCCAGAGAAGCCAAGAAGAAUGCAAAAAUCAGGGACAGUGUUCAACCGGUGACAAAGCUAAUAGCAGCAGAUGGGAAAAAGGCACUGAAGAACUGCUGCAAAACACAGAACUAGAAAUCCUUGGAUUGUCAUCUUUCGCUGACCUCCUAUUAAAGACACAGAUAAUUCAUGGGAUUUGUGUCUGCUCACAAUAAUGCUAUCACAUUUUUUCUUUAGCGAAAUUUUACUCUCAUUUGAGAGCGUCUGUUUAAUGGCCAAUAAAUGGCUAAUACUGUAUAUUUUUGAGGGUAUAUAGGUUGAAAUGUAUAUAUUCGAGCUGAGGAACAUGUUACCUAUUCUAUUUUGUGAUAGAUUUUACCUUGAUAUGAAAACGACACUUUAAAAAUGUGCAAGCAAUGUAAAAAAUAAACGUUUUGUAAAAUGAA